AUGUCUAAUUCUCUCUCCUUAUCUAGCACAUUAAUUUCUGACCUCGACACGAACUCGUUAUCAACUGGGCCGUGCAGGGUGAAUCAUGGAAGAGUAAUUCACCCCCUAAACUGGAACACCCGUCAAAUCCAAGGGUACCGGGCAGAGGUGGUAGAUUACUCCAACUAUGUUAGCUCAGUACGUGGUGAACCUAUGGCGGAUACAUCGGAGUCUCUGCUUGAUGAUCUGGUACUUCAGAAGGAUAUCGAUUCUCUAUGGUAUUGGGCCAAGGAAAAUAAUAGGGAUGAAAUGGAGAAUCAUCUGGAUAAAGCCUUCAAGAACCUCAUCAAGACCAUUGAGUUCCAAUUGAAACAGAAAAUCUUCAUUUGGUACACCAAGAGAAGCACCCGUGAAGGAAAUGUCACUUUUAUCAACCUCCUCAUUGGAGGGAAAUCACUAGCCCUAAACCCGCAAAUCUUAAUUUCCACCGAGAGAAUGCCUUUCCUUAUUUACAACAGUUUGCUUUACAACACAGAACUGCGUGGAAUGUUUAGGGAUAUUUCCUGGAAUAUCAAAGAAAUAAAUGAUCGGAAGGAUCCAAGGAAGUGGGGGGCCAUCGAUGGUUAUAAUCUCGCCUGUCUCAUCGCUCUAGCCCAAGUACAAGAGGGUCAGGUGAUUAAGGCUGCGCGUGCACAUGGUCUUUCUUUGGACACCCACCAAGAGUAUAAAGUUCACUUAGUCACCCCUGCCACACCACAAAUCGGCCUUCUCCUAUUCAGUGCCACCAUCAGCUCAAGGUACCUGGCUGCUUUUUUGUCCUCUUCCUUGGAUAGAUUUGAUAAAGAUCUUGUCAUCAGAAAAGAAUUUUUUGAUCUUUCCCCUACAAGAAUUCAAGAGAAGCGGCGGAAUCUGAUCUCCAGAUUUGCGGGUAUUAUGGAAGCCGCGUAUAUGAACCAUAAAAUCCUUGGCCUCUUGAAUAAUUCAAGAAACACCGUCGCCCAAGGAACGCCUGUCCCGACAGCUCAGCGACGCCCCGACGGAAUUCUCAAAUACAAUCAUGCGGGAGGGGCUGAAUCUGCCAAUCAGGUACGGAAGAAGAACAGGGUUGCGUUUCCUCCUGGAGUGAAGUUGGGAUAA